AUGCAGACUCCAGAGGAUGAGCAGCAGACCCCACCCACACUCCAGGAGCUGGCAGGGCGCAGCCUCCUGAAGGACAAGUCCAGGGCCAUCCUAGCUCUGGAGGACCUGCCCAUACAGCUCUUCCCACCACUCUUCAUGGAGGCCUUCAACCGGAGACACACUGAGGUCCUGAAGAAAAUGGUGCAGGCCUGGCCCUUCACCCGCCUGCCCCUGGGGGCCCUGAUGAAUACGCUACAGCUGGGGAUGAUCCGAGUGGCACUGGAUGGGCUGGACAUGCUGGCUGCCCAGCAGGAUCGCCCCAGGAGGUGGAAACUGCAGGUGCUGGAUUUGCGGAAGGUUCAUGGGAACUUCUGGAGGACGUGGUCUGGAGCCGUGGUCGAUGCCUGCUCACCAGGAGUCAUGAAGGAGAGGCAAACAGUGAAGGCCUCUCCAGACACAGGGCCCACUCUGCCCUUGAAGGUGGUGGAUGAGAGGAAGGGUCUGAUACAGCUGUGCUGCAAGAAGCUACAGAUGUGCUCUUUGCCCGUCUGUACCAUCGAGAAGAUCUUGGAGAGAUUGGAUCUGGACUUUAUCCAGCAGUUGGAUGUGCAGUGUUUCUGGAGACUGUCCACCUUGGCUACUUUUGCCACCUAUUGGGGCCAGAUGAGCAACCUGAGGAAGCUCUUCUUCUCCCACGUCUAUGUGUCUGCCUAUGCUUCCCAGGAGGAGAGAGAUCAGUUGAUGGAUGACAUUACCUCACAGUUUGCCAAGAUGGACAGCCUCCGGAGGCUGUACCUGGAUGGUGUCUUCUUCCUAGAAGGCCGUCUGUGCCAGGUGCUCAGCUGUGGCUUUCUGCUUGGCAGCCAGGAGGGGCGCUUUAUAGAUGAUGGACCCACCCGGUCACUCAAGCUCCUGAAGACCCCCCUGGAGACCCUCUCAAUAACCAACUGCCUGCUCUCAGAUCCAGACUGGAAUGAUCUGUCGGGGUCUCCAAACCUCGACCAGCUAAUACACCUGACGCUGUGGGGCAGCAAAUUGACGAGUUUCAGUCCUGAGCCCCUCGUCAUUCUGCUAGAGAAUGCUGCAGCCACCCUUGAGACCCUAAACUUGCAGGACUGUGGGAUCACCAACUCCCAGCUCCAGGCCAUCCUCCCUGUCCUGAGCUGCUGCUCCCAGCUCAGGGUAUUGAGCUUCAAUGGGAAUGACAUCUCCAUGUCAUUCCUGAGCAACCUGCUGCUUCACACUUCCAGGCUGACCCGGUUGAGCCUAGAGAAGUACCCUGCCCCUCUGGAGAGCUAUGAUGCUCAGGGUGCCAUCCACCCAGGGAGACUUUUCCAACUCAUCGAUGAGCUGGUGGAGAAACUGAGGGAUGUGAGAGAGCCAAAGAGCAUCCUUUUCUAUACUAAACCCUGCCAUAGAUGUGGCAACUGGUUUAUCUAUAACCUGCCCUCCAGUCCGUGUCGCUGUUGGCUGCCUGCCUAG